CUCCUCACCUCAUCUCUCUCUGUCUUCGCGCUUUUUAUUGCGAGAAGCUUUUUCUCUUUCUAUUCAACCCUUCGAAUCCUGAGCUGGAUCGAUCUUUAUUCCCCCAUGAACCUGUCGUAAAUCCCCUACUUCCCUUUGAUUCUUUCUUCUCACCUUACCUGCCGACUCGACCCUUCCGGCGCGCCAUCUUUGGCCCUUGCAACACGUCCCCGUGGUACACACCUUUUCGACGCGUUUCAUGCCAUGACCACCGCUUCCUCUUCGACAUUUGCUACGAUGGAGGUCCCAGCUUUAGAAGACUCGAUGGAGAUGGCUUCUCCUUAUCACGGAGGGCCUGAUGAUUUUGACAUCGACAUCGACCUCAUGGAAGACCAAGUCUCGAAUAUGGACAGCGAUAUGAUGGGAGCCGAUGACUAUCCCAACACAUCCCAAGUUUCAAUUUUCGGUACCGAAGCGAACGACGAUGCCGAUAUGGCUGAUGAGCCUUCCGAAGGAUCCAUGGUUGACACUGAUCUUGUCGACGAGGACCCCGAUAUCGAUGUUCAGUACGACGAGACUACCUACGAAGCAGAAAUGCUGGAAGGUGACCAAGACGAUGAACUUGUAGCUCCCGUUCCCAGCAUCAAUAUUGAGGUACAGACCGAGACCACCGAGCAUGGCGACCCUACAAGCGGAGUCCCUACGGAAAUCGACGAGGUGCAGCUCCAGCCCACCACCCACGAUGGCCCGGAGACCGCUCACUCAGAAUCUGCUGUCCCAGAAUCUGUACCCGUGGUGAAUGAACCUCAGGAGCCCCAAACUCAAGAUGAAGAGGCCCCUCCCGUCUCCAGCGAAAACCAGACUGAUCAACUCGGACACACCGAAGGCGACAAUAACACCGAGUCUCAGACCAACCACCCAGUUCUUGAGCCCCAGGACACUAAUGGAACAACGGGGAGCAAGCCUCCAGCUGCUGAAGAACAUGUUGAUGCCUCGACGGAGAAUGUUGAAAAUGUUGAGCCUGCCGAGGAGGCCAAGUCAACUGUUGAUGAAAAUGGUGAUGGACAUGUUGAGCAUCUUGAUGCCAACGUCUCGCACGAGAAAGAAGGUCAGGAAACCCAUGAGGAGGAUGAGUCCCUCCAUCCAGUGAAGGUUCUUUACCAGGAAGCCGAGAUUUCUUUGUUCCCGCCUAUGGAAGGUGAUUCAGCCGAGACAUUCUUCCUUCAUGACGAAGAUAUCGCAUACGACAAUGUUGGUAAACUGUUCAACUCUCUACGUGAGGUACUGUUGGAUAAUGUUGCGGAGAAUGAGGUCCUGGUUAUUGAUAUCGACUCACUCGGUAUUCAGAUAACAGAGGACUGCUCCCACACGUCCAAUGUGACCUUACAUCAGAUUUUGAACAUUUACCUUCGGCUUUGUCAUAAUGAUGGCAAUAAUGAGCCAGAAGCUUUGUAUCUGACUUUGAGCAGCAGACCGGCUGUUCAUUCUGAGCUAGCCGAUCUUGAAGCUGCUGCCAAUGAGGGCAAAGGACUGUCUCAAGUUCAUCCGUGGAGCGAGUUUGAGGAUGGGGAAGACAACGAGGAUCCUCAAGUGGCGGAGCAACCCGUUGCGGAGUCAACUGGUGAUCAAGGUCACCAGGAGCCGGUGGUUCCUGGUGGUACUGCUGAGUCCGAGGUUCGCGAUACUGUAAAUAAGGAUGCUCCCAUUGAAGCCAUUCCCGAUUCUGUCUCUGGCGAGCACAGCGCUCAGGCUGAGCCUGAAAUCGGGGCUGCCGAAACACAGCCAGCAGAUGAGACUGAUCAGGUGGAUGCGCCACAGUAUGUGGAUGAGAAUUCUCAUGAUUAUGUUGAGGAGCAUUAUGAUUCUGAGGCUCCUAAGACAGAGUCCACAUCUACCGUGAUGCCUGCCUCUGAUCAUGUCGAAGAAAAGGAGCCCACGGAAGCGGUCUCAGCUGACGCUGCCGAAGAUCUCUUGGAUGAAAAUGAUGCUCAAGAUCGCACCGUCCCUGCGGGCGACGGUGAAGGCGUGAACGACGAGGAGUCACCCGACCAGCAUGAACCGUAUGGAUUUGAAGGGCAAGAGCAAGGAGAGUAUCAAGAUGAGCUCGCCGAGGAAGAGACCUAUAUCUCUGGGCCUAAUGACGAGACCCGUCCCGUCGAUUUUGCUUCCCCUCAUUACGAAGCUGCUCCCAACGAACUGGAUUCCGUAGCCGCUCAGGAUGCUUCUGUCAAUAUUUUGGACGAUGAUAUUGAUAAUCAGUCGAAUGGCCAGUCGGAGUCCACCGUGGAGAAUGCUCCGAAGGAGGAAUCUGCGCACCAUGAAGAACCCGAGGACGGCCUGCUUGGAAUCGCCGAGGACCUUUUGGAAGGCCCCGCCAGCGAUCAUGAGGACGAUCUUGGUCACAUUGAGAACGCAGAUCUGGAGUAUGAACCUGAGGAUGCUUAUCCCGAUGCCACCGCAGGCGACGAUCUUACCGCCGACGAUGAUCUAGCCGACAACGACAGCGGUGACUAUGAUGAGGUGGAUCCCUACAGCGUUCUUGAGUUCUCAGAACACAUCGUGCUGGGUGAAGCGGAGGUAGAGCAUACUGACUCCCAACCCCAUGAGAACCCCUCUAAGCGGUCUCGUGAGGAGGAGGAUGAAUGGGACUUUGAGGAGACCUCGACCCCCGAGCUCAAACGUCGCCGCCCUUCGUAAACCCUAUUGUUCCCCUUGCUAUCCUGGCAAUAUUCGACUUUCACCUCACUCCCACUCUUCUCUGGAUUGGCCAACCAGUCUAACAACUCUUGGAUGCUACUGGCUUAGUGCCUCGGCCGCUUUCGAUUCGCUAUCAUCAUCAACAUCUACUAACCCCGAUCCUCCAGGCUGUACCGGUACGUGGGUGCAGGGUUUUCAUCUUACUAUCAGUUCCAGGUAUGUCUUGUGUCCCUCCUUCCUCCGGCUUAGGGUCCCACCUCUUCCCUCGUCCAAAUCCACCUUGGAGAGGCCUCUCGGGAUCAAGUUUGGUGGCUCGAUUAAGCUCCCAUUCCUCCCCCUGUUUGUGUAUUCUAUUGUCUGUUUGCUCUUCUUCCUUCGCCCACCCCCCACCCCCCUUUCGCGUGAUACCAUUUUGCGAUCCAAAAAUUGGUUAUUUCUGGCGUCGAUGGCAGUCCGGCUGGACUUGGUUUUAUCUUUUAUCUUUUAUGGCCCCCCAGUUGCAUCCCAACAUAGCUAUCGGCGUAUUGGUUGUGUCGGCACGUUGGCCGUACUUUUAUCAUUUAGUCUCUUAACUAUAAAUGAG